CCCUCCAGCGGGUCCAAAGCUGACACGAAAACACACGGAAUUGCUCCUUAUCCACAGCGGCUCCACAUAUAAAGUCUUCCAGUUUUCUGCUAUUGAUUUACUGCUGACCAGACUUUGGCUCUAUAUUCAGCGUCUCCAUUUCUAUGGCUAUACCCAACGCCUUCUUCAAUAUCGCCUACACUCCGCCGCGAUCUGCAAUUUUCAACACAGAUUAUGCCGCCGGUCCGCGAUUCACGCUAUACAAACUUUGCUCCACGCUUCACCACAGAACUUUGCGCGCAGGAACAACCGCAUUUCAUCCUAAAAUGGUUUCUGUUUCUUGCACUGUUCAUGGUGUGGAUUCAUCGAGUUAUUCACUGGAAAUGGAGCACAAGGAAUCUCUUGAUGUUCCAACACCAAUUGUUCAGAUAGUCCAAGACCCUGAAAGUGAUGAAACACGUGUGGAACUUAGUUUUGGAGAUCGUCUUGGUGCCCUUAUUGAUACGAUGAAGGCACUAAACGAUUUAGGUUUGGAUGUUAAGAAAGGCACUGUUACUACGGAGGGCGCAGUGAAAAGCACAAAAUUUAUCAUUACACACCAAGCAACUGGGCGAAAAGUUGAAGAUCCUGAUUUGCUGGAAAGAAUUCGUUUGACAAUCAUCAACAACCUUAUCAAGUACCAUCCAGAGUCUAGCCAAUGGCUUGCGAUGGGUGAAGUUUUUGGAAUAAAAGCACCGGAAAAGAAGCCUGACAUUGAUGUUGCAACUCACAUACAUGUUGAGAACGAAGGAACUAAGAGGAGCAUGCUAUAUGUUGAAACUGCUGAUCGAUCUGGGCUGCUGAUGGAAAUAAUCAAGAUUAUGGCUGACAUUAGUGUUGAUGUUGAAUCGGCAGAAAUUGAUACAGAGGGGCUUAUAGCCAAAGACAAGUUUUAUGUCAGUUAUAGAGGGGCAGCCUUGAACAAUUCCUUGUCACAGGUGCUGCAAAAUGUCCUGAGGUACUACCUUCGAAGACCUGAAACGGAUGAAGAGAGCUAUUAGUCAGAAACGGACGAGGACAUCUAUUAAUCUUUAGAGAGAUAUGUGCAGUAAUCAAAUCUUUACACCAAUCUCAGAAUAAACUUGAUAGUCAACUCUAUUUUGCUUUUAUUGACUGUGCAUAACAAAGAACAAAACAAACAAAACAAAAGGGUUAAUUCUCCAACUUUGGAUGUGCGCAAGUCGUAAGUUGACUGAAAGUAUGAAACUUGGGAUGGACCCGGUCUGGCUCUGGGUCCAAAUAUAUGCCUACCUUAAAUGCAAGCGGUAUACCCGGUUUGGUUCUGGUUCACAGUUCUUCUCCAGUCUAGCUCCGGUCCUAUGGUCUUUUCUCAGUCCCCCAGUCCCAGUCCCAGUCCGUCCCUACUAUGAAAGAACUGGAAUCACUAUAGAUCGGUUUAUGUUAUUCAACUAUUCAUUCCGGAACUUGAAAGCGAAUUCUACUCUGUGCACAAAACAGACUGGUCUCAAUCCGGUUCAAUUAUGGAUCUUGAGCAGGUCCACCCUAAUUGAAACUAUCCGUGAGUAUGCCACCCUUGUUGUAAUCACUGAUUUGCAGGAUCAUUGUAUAUGUCAUAUGGAAUUCAUGCUCUUUUAUAAUUUAUUCCGUACACCUUCUAGUGUAGGUUUUUAGAGAGAUGUGUGAUCUUAACA